UUUAACAAAGUUGGCGCUUUAAACAAAAUUUUCUGUAGUGUGAAUCUAGUAUACAGAAAUGAGACCGAUUUUUGCUCGAGUAAUUCGUUCAAAUUUUGAACCGUGCACAAAAUUGUUCCGUAUGUACGGAAAAUCUCGGCCAAAUUCAAAAGAAACAGCUUUGCAUAUUCCUGUUAUGGCUGAGGAACUUGUUAGUGGGCUUAAUAUUAAACGUGGUGACGUAAUUAUCGAUAUGACGUUUGGUGCUGGAGGUCACACAAAGUUCAUCAUGGAAAAUUACAAACAUUGUAAAGUUAUUGCGCUCGAUAGAGACGAAAAAGCGUUUGAGAUUGCACAAGAUUUGUCAAAGAAAUUUAAAGGACGCAUCAUCCCAUUACUCGGAAAAUUUUCCGAACUUGACAAACUUUUAUCAGACCAUGGUAUCGUGGAAAACUCGCUAAACGCCGUGCUGCUAGAUGCCGGUUGCUCAUCCAUGCAGUUCGAUCAACCGGAACGAGGGUUUUCUCUGGUUAGGGACGGCCCCCUGGACAUGAGAAUGGAUGGGAACAGGUCAGAAGGUCAAAUCACAGCAGCGGAUGUCGUCAACAAUUUGGAUGAAGAGGAACUGACAGAAAUUAUUUAUAAAUAUGGUGACGAACGAAACGCUCGAAACAUCUCGUCUUCAAUCAUCGAGAAUCGGCCGAUAUCGACGACACUCGAGUUGGCUCGCGUUGUAUCGAUGGCGUUCUCGCAAACAUCGGAUGUUUUCAGGGUAGAUUCGCUUGGUAGAAGAUGUCACAUCGCCACUAAAACCUUCAUGGCGAUUCGUAUUUUCGUGAACGAUGAGUUAAAUGAGAUUUGUCACGGGAUUAAAACAUCGGAGAAAUAUUUAAUGAACGGGGGCAAGAUGGGUGUCAUCACUUUUCACUCGUUGGAGGAUCGUGUCGUGAAGAGAAUGUUGAAACAAAUUGAGAUUUCCAAACCUUUCAAUGUUAAGAUGGGAGUCGGGAAGAGAUCCAAAACUGAGCGACGAUAUUGGAAACGAGAGCAAUCUCUGCUGCUCCCUAGUGGUGAAGAAAUUGAACAAAACCCGAGAUCACGUUCGGCGAAACUAAGGAUAGCUACGAGGUGUAGAGAUGGUUAGUGUGGAGGGUAUGAGGUUCAAGGCCCAAGGCUGGUACUUACUGUGGUUGAGGUAUAGUGAUGUGGAAGCUAGGCAGAGAUCCAGAUAAAGAGAGUUAUUUUAUGCUGUUAUUAUAUGCUGCUAGGUAAAGGGGGCUUUUAUAGGAUGAAUUUAAAUUCAAAAAGCCAAAUCCUGAUAAAAAAACAAAUAAUUAUAUGCUGUUCCGUAGGUAUGAAGACAAUUUUGUGCGUUAUUAUAUGCUGCUAGGUAAAGGGGCAAUUUGAUAUUGCACAAACAGUAUACUUUAUUACAUAGAAACCUAUGAAAACAGUUUAUCUGGCUUUUAUAUGAUGAAUUUAAAUUCACAAGGCCAAAUCCUGAUAAAAAAACAAAAAAUUAUAUGCUGCUCUGUAGGUAUGAAGACAAUUUUAUAUUGCACAAACAGUAUACAUGAUUACAUUGGCACCUAUGAAAACAGUUUAUCUGACUUUUAUAUGAUGAGUUUAAAUUCAAAAAGAUGAUUUGACAGUCAUUAUAACACAGGUGUUCUGAAUUUAAAUUCAAAAAGGCGAUUUGUCUUUACCAUUUGUGUAAAAUGUGAAGUUUUGAGUUGUUUUAUUUUUUAUCUGAUUAUCUGUUACACUUUGUUACCACAGCAUACUCCAUAAGCCGCUACAAUACAAAAUGUUUCUGAAA